UGUUGGGAGAAACUUGGCCCAUAUCUCUUAGAUUUACUGGCCUUCACGCAUUGUGAAGGGGAGGAGGAAGAACUGAGGCCAUACUUCACCGGCGGAGGGGAGGCCCCCCUAUACAACGUACAUGGCAUCCUUAUAUUCUGAGACGCCGGCAUAGUCGACAACUAUAGUCUCUCGGCGACGACAUCAUCAGCGUAACGACCUGCUCCGCAAUUCUGCCCUAAUGACUGUGUUUACCACACUUCUACCACAAUCAAAAAUUCCUAUUCUCUUUUCCUUUCCUUCUUCCUUUCACCUUCCACUUCACCUCUCUCACUUCACAUCAUCUUCCUCCCAACCAUCCUCUUCUCUUACCAAAACACUCCGCACACACUUCCUUGAACACAAGCUCGCCUUUGGCACAAGCUUGUUUUCUUUCUUCUCAAGUUGCAACGCUUUUCUCGAACACUUUAUUCAAUCAUGCCAAUCUACGCUGAAAACAUGGGUUCCUCUCCCAAGAGUACCAGCUCUGCCGAGACUGGCUCCGGCAUCCGUGACUCGGCCACCGCAACUUCUGGCGGUGCCAACACCAACGCUCAGCGCAAUGUCACCUCGGGUGGACGCACUAACCGCCAGCCUAUCAUCACCUCGAUCAAUGACAACGCCGACAUCGAGACAUCUGCUGCUUUGCUCGAAGCCGACGAGAAUGCCGAGUCGUUUGAUACUCCUGGCUCGAACUACGCCGACGCUCAAAGCGUCGUGACGCCCAUUCGUCGCAUCAGCAGUAUCAUCCACUCCGAGCCCAUUGACAUCCCGGCUCGUCGCAACGGUAACGGCCACGCCGCUACCUCGCCCCUCCGCGGCGCCCCCCGCGACGUAUUCACUCCGGGCCGCCCUCCCAACACGGGUCCUCGCCACGUCGGUCCCGACCCUGCUCUCUUGACUACUCCCGUUGGAGCUGGUCGAGUGGUUAGCCCUACCUUCCGCCGCCUCAUGUCGCCUCCCAACGUCAUGGGCCGUAACCUGACCCCUCCCGCGGUCCGUCCUAGCGUCUCUUCACCCGCUGCUGCUGCAGCUCCCGUGGUGACUGCCGACCUGGCUAUCCAGACCGAUGAAGGCGAGGGUAUCUUCACUAUGGACGACGUCCCUGGUAGCCAUGACCGCUCGAGCGUCUUAUCCAACGGCGAUCGCGUUCUACAGAUCACUAGUCCCACUGAUGGCGUCUUCUUUCCGGUCACUUUCCCCGAUGGUACGCCUAGCUCUUCGCGCGCCCGUGGAAGUGGAAGCGGCACUGUCUGCGGACCUCGCGGUCCUCGUGGCACUCAGGACAAUCGCAGCGGUCGUGACAACGGAACCGGCACCGUCUGCGGCCCUCGCGGCCCUCGCGGCCAUCCUGACAUGGGAACUGACACCACCCGCCGCGCCCGCAACACCCGCGACACCAACCUUCUGAGCAGCUCUGUGACCUCUCUGAUGCCUGUCUCUUCUCACGGCGGCAGUCAGUCUUCGCACGACGGCGAGGACGUCGACCGAACCAUCCGCGUUCGCGGCCCGCGCAUCGUCAGCUGCGGACCUCCUGCCCACGUCGUUACGGCUAUUCCGGUAAGUUGUUGAAGCCUUUUUUUAUUUGAACGGGAGCUAAUGUGAAUAUAAAAACAGUCCAGCUCGUCGCUGUCUACGGAGGCAUCCGCGGACCUCGAGCACCAGCCGCUCCUCACCACGUCUUCGCGACGCCGCCGCUCCUACGGCGCUAUUCCUGGUCGCGACAACGAGGGCGAUGGCAUGGGCCAGGACCAAGGUCAGCGAGAUGGCGGUUUCUGGAGCCGCUUCACUCGUUCGGAGGUUGUCUUGUCCGCCAUGUUCCUCUGCUCAGUCGCCUUCGGCUUCAGCUUCAUGGUUCUGGUCAUGGUUCAUCUCUGGCGCUCCUCUUAAGGCAGACUACCUAGGCACGUGGAAAGGUAGUCGCAUGUGAAUUCAUGCGCACGGAAUGGAGAUGAGACGAAGCAAGAGUGCGGUAUGGCUAUGGCUUUUAGGUAGUACCCACUGACGAUAUGUCACUCGGACCAAGUACGCAUAUAUGGAUGCGAAUGCACUGUGGUCCCAAUGAAUAAAUGCACCCCUUUCCCCCAACUUUGGCGAGGUAGUUCGUGACUUUCGUGUUCGUGACUGGCUUUACGUUAGGGUUGGCAUUUUUACUAUACGUAUAGUAACU